AGACAAACAUGACAUCCCAAGGCAGAGUAGAGUAACAUAACAUACAUAAGCCACGAUCAUAACUCCACUUUGACCACGAUUGACUAAUAACCAGCCCUGAAAGUAACCCCACAGGGGUGGGAUCACCACCAAGCCUCCUCCUCCUAUCUGAAAAUUUCAAACCAUCCUUUGAAGCCCCUAUAAAUCCUCCCAUUUGCCCAGCAACCAGAGCAAACACUCUGCAGACACCUGUCUCACACCUCCUCCAGCUCCACUUAAGCCAAGCCAAAGCAACCCGAGCGCACAUGGAGCUCCACUUCCAGGUGCAGCCGCCGGCGCUCCAGCUGCAGGACUACUGCUACUACUACCAGCAGCAGCAGGAGGCCGCCGCCGCCGCCGCGCAGGCCAAGCCCACCAAGCCGCGGGGCCGCAAGAAGGGCAGCACCAGCCACAGCAAGUUCGUCGGCGUCCGCCAGCGCCCCUCGGGCCGCUGGGUGGCCGAGAUCAAGGACACCACCCAGAAGAUCCGCAUGUGGCUCGGCACCUUCGAGACCGCCGACGCCGCCGCCCGCGCCUACGACGAGGCCGCCCGCCUCCUCCGCGGCGCCGAGGCGCGCACCAACUUCACGCCCCGCAUCUCCCCCGACUGCCCGCUCGCCGUCCGCAUCCGGGGCCUCCUCCACCACAAGAAGCUCAAGAAGGCCAGGCUGCCCGCCGCCUCCGCCAAGAUCCCCGGCCCCUCCUCCACGCCGGCCGCCCCCGCCGCAUACACCACAAGCAACAGCAACAGCAACAGUAAUAGCAUGGAUGGCGCUUGUGGGGGCGCCAGCAGCAGCAGUAGCAGCAGCGCGGUCAGCUGCGACGGCGCCAUGAAGCAAGGCGGCGGGGCGCCGGACGCCGGGGAGGUCUACAGGCCGGACUUUGCUGCUCCGGUCGCCGGUGCAGAGGAGCUGGAGUCCUGGAUGUUCGAGUCGUCGUUCGGCCAGUUCCCGGCGCUGGACGGGUUCGCCGCCGUCGACGCCUGCACGCUGCCAGCCGCGUCCCCGGAGGAGACCAGCGCGGCCCCCGCGGCCGGGAUGGUGGAGUUCGAGCGGAUGAAGGUGGAGCGGCGGAUCUCGGCGUCCCUGUACGCCAUGAACGGCCUGCAGGAGUACUUCGACAGGGUGUUCGAGGCGUCCGCCGGCGACCCGCUCUGGGAUCUCUCGCCGCUCUGCCAGUAGCCUGGCUUCUUCCUCACCCCGCCGCCGUCGUCGUCGUCGUUCUUGCUCUUUUGCCUCCUGGGUGUUGGGGGAAAAGGCCCCGGGUGUAUGUGUGUAUGCAUGUCAAACUUGGUUUUUGGGUGUCGCCAGGCAGUGCAGUGUAAAGAGGAAGGGGGUUUCUAGAUUCCAAA